AUGGCCACCCAUUUUUCCUUGCCCAUCUUAGCAAAUAUUCUUAGCAAGGAGGACUUUUAUGGGAUUUUGUUUUUAGGAGUCGAUCUAUCAUCGUCGUCUUCUUUUUCUUCUCUUGUUGAUGAAGUAUUUGAGCAUAAUCUAAGUUCUUCAACCACAGAGAAUCAGCUUCUGCCACCACAUAGUUUGGCCUCUAAUCAUUUAAAUUCUUACCAAGUUGGUGCUGAGGGGGUCAGUGGCACAGUUUGCCCACCUGAGCUGGAUGGAAACUUUAUGCAUUCUGACAUUAAUUUUUCAGAAGUUAAACCUGGUUGUACAAAUGCUAUUUCCAGUUCAGGCACCGCCCAAAUUUCAUUCAUGUCCUCAUGCAAGUCCGGUCAUGAUUUUAGCUCGUUGAGAUUUCCAGGAGGCCAUAAUAUUGUGCAUGGAGGUGAAUCUCUUCAACCUGUUUCUUCAGAUGGCCAAGGAGUUUUGGGAAAUAUCACCACUAUGCAAUUUGGAGGGUCUUCUAGGAAACGAUAUCUUUCAGAGUUUUUAUUGAAUAUCCCAUCAUUACAACAAUCCAGAACCAGUGAUGGGCCAAGAAAACGAAGAAAAGCACCAGAACAUAUGAAGGAUGAUUCACAUAUCACUUUUGAUGACGAUGGGGUCGUUUUGACUUAUCACACUGUUGAGGCUGAUAGUAUACGCAGGCUUGUCUCAGAUUUACAACGGCUUUCAAAUGCACAUGCAUUUUCUUGUCGAAUGCGGAGAUUGAUUGGUGUAAAAGUUGAUGACAAGCGAGAUGAAAAAGUGACAUCUGUGGAGAUAAAUGCAAGAAAAGGUAGCAGACACAGGCUAUCUCAACAGAUGAGGAAAACUUUCAGGAUUGAAGCUAUUGGUUUGAUGAGCUUGUGGUUCAGUUAUGUUGCUGUGCCUAUGGUUCACUUUGUUGUUGAGUGGAAGGCUGGUGAUGGUGGCUGCUUUAUUCAUGUUUCUCCAGAUCAACUUUGGCCACAUACAAAGACCAACUUUCAGUCAAGACUGCAGCCAAGCUGUGGUGAGAACACUAGUGCAGCAGCAUUCCUGAGUAGUGCAACCAUGUUUUUGGAGGAUUUCGUGAAUGUGGGUGAGGUAGCAUCAUUCUUGGACAGCGUCAGGCUUACAGCUGGACCAUUACUUGCCCUUAGUAGUGCAAUUCGCCCUACAAAAAUGCCUGUGACACUUCCUGCUGGUUACAGUUCUGUACCAAAGCAAAAUAGCUAUCAGUCAGAAGGGGCAACAGCAAAUGACUCAUCAACUACUGCGCAAAAUAUAUCUGCCCCACUGAGUCCUGCGGUAGCCCAUUCUAACAAGUAUAAUCUUCAGAGUUCUGCCCUUUCUAUUGCAGGGCGGGGUGGGCCUGGAUUAGUUCCUAGUCCAUCAUUGCCUUUUGACGUUACUGUUGUGCUUCGUGGACCAUAUUGGAUACGUGUUAUAUAUCGCAAGAUUUUCUCUUUCGACAUACGUUGCUUUAGUGGAGAUCAGGGUUUAAAUGCUUUUGAACCCAGUGUUAUGAGUGCUAGACAUAGUGGUGUACAAUUGAAGGCCAGCAUCAACAAAGCUUCUGGAGGUCAGCAAUCAGCUCUUGCUCUGAACCACUUUCAUGGUGCUCACGGUAUAGCUACUUCUGGACCAACUACAAAUAUUGGUAACCAGGUGGCACCUACUUUCAUUCGUGCAGGCAGUGCUGUUGUGAAUUCUUCAAAAUAUGCUUCAGGAAAUGCUGGAGCCCCUCCACACCCUUCUCCUGGAACAAACCUUCCUGUUCAUAUGAGGAGUGAGUUGAGCUCAACUUUUACUGCUCUUGGGGACUAUGGUGGCUAUGGUGGUGCAUGGGUUCCUCUUGCUGCUCUUAAAAAGGUGUUGCGAGGCAUCCUUAAGUACCUCGGAGUUCUAUGGUUGUUCUCCCAGUUUCCUGAGCUUCUGAAAGAGAUACUAGGGUCAGUUUUGAAUGAGAAUGAAGGAGCACUUUUAAAUUUGGAUCAGGAGCAGCCAGCACUGCGAUUUUUUGUGGGGCGUGUCGUCUGUGAACCAUAUGAUGCUUCUAGAGUUGCUUCUUUUAUCACUUUGCUUACAUUACCAAUUCCUGUUAUGCGAGAAUUCAUAAGUCUACUUGCAUGGAAGAAAAGUCAGUCCCAGGUUCAUGGGGAAAUUGCGAGUGCAUAUAGGGUUCAGGUUGAACUCUGUUUGGAGAUGCACCAUGGAUCGGUUUCAAAUGACCAUGCUGAGAGUUCGUCUUCAUCAAAGAGCAACAUUAAGCAUGACAGAGCCAACCGUUCAGUCGAUUUUGGCCUAACUUUUGUACUCGACCAUGCUCUUAAACAUAAUUCCAGUGUUGGUGGAGCUGCUUGGUUGCCUUAUUGCAUGUCUGUGAGACUGAGGUACACCUUUGGGGACAAUUGUCAUGUCGCGUGCCUCACAAUGGAGGGGAGCCAUGGUGGGAAAUCUUUCUGGUUGAAAGAUGAAGACUGGGAAAAUUGUAAGCAAAUGGUUGCCAGGACAGUGGAGACAGCAAAUGGGUCUCCCGCGAUUGGAGAGACAGGCAAUGGGAGAUUGCGACUGGUGGCCAAGAUGAUCCAUAAGCAACUACAACUUUCUCUCCACCAGCUAAGAGACGGUCCCCUUUCUGCGGGCUGA